AUGAAAUGUGUCAGCAGAUUUGAUAGAGUGAGCAAGCUCAGUCCAAGGUAUGUCGAACCUUUUGAGAUUAUUGAAAGGAUUGGAAAGUCUUCUUAUAGAUUGUUAUUAUCAGAUCAGCUGUCUGAUGUGCAUAAUAUUUUUCAUAUAUCCUCUUUGAGAAAGUGGAUAUCUGAUUAUGAUAAGAAGCUGUCUGCUGACGAGAUUGAGAUUCAAGAGAAUCUACAGUAUAAAGAAGAACCUGAGAAAAUUUUGGCCUAUGAUGUGCGUAAGUUAAGAAAUAAACAGAUUCCUAUGAUUAAAGAUCUGUGGAAGCGCAGAACAGCUAGAGAAGCGACUUGGAAGAAAGAGUCGGACAUGAGACAAUCCUAUCAGUAUAUGUUUUGA